AUGGACCACGUAAGGAAUUUCUAUGACACUAUACUGAGGUCGUCCCAUCCUUUGCUGAUGGCCUUUCACCUAGCAGGCAAAGCUGCUCCCCUGGCUUUCUAUAUUGCUGGGUUUCUGUUCCCCAGUUUCACAGCAUUAUUUAUCACAAUAGUGUUGCUGCUGGCAGCAGACUUCUAUUUCACUAAGAAUAUCAGUGGUAGGCGAUUGGUACAGCUGCGUUGGUGGUACGAUUCCUCAGCAACGAGCACAGAAACAUUCACAUUCGAAUCCCACAAACAGUAUACUGCUGGGCCACCCAUAAAUCCAAUUGACUCGAAGCUGUUCUGGUGGUCUAUGUACCUGACUCCUGCAAUCUGGUUUGUGCUAGGCAUACUGGCUAUACUAAGAUUAAAACUGAUCACGUUCAUAUUGAUUGCUGUGGCCACUUGUAUGACCGGAUGGAACACAUAUGGGUUCCGCUGCUGUGAUCGCUGGAACCCUAACAACAGUCAGUCAACCGAGCCAUUCUUUCAACUGCCAUCUAUUCCAGGCCUGGAUAAUAUCACAAGAUUGGCGAGAUUUCAAUCAUUCUUCCAAUCUGCUGCUAACUAA